CAUGAUAUUUUUAUUUGAUCGACUGACUGAAAGAGCCUUGACAUUCAGCCUCACUUUUUUGAUCGACAGGAAAGUCGAAGAUUUUCUCAUUCAGAGAGCAGAAGUUUGGAAUUCGGUUCACAUUCAGCCUAGAAUUACGGCCUUGUUUAGGAUGAGAACCCCAGGAAAAUUGUUUCCGGAUGGGAUCACUUGACACCUCGAUCAUGACGGGAAGAAGAGAUGUCAAGCCAUAUGGGCCUUCUACGGAUCCUUAAAUUGCUAGGUAGGAAGGAUUUGGCCUUUGGAACGGCCGGGAAGUCAGUUGGUAUCUUUUUGAGAUGAUAAUCUUCGGCACACAAAAAAAUCUUCAGCACAUAAAAGUAAUUUUCUUCUUCUUGUAAAGCAAAAUUGUAAGCAAUCAAUUAUACAAUGGUUAAUCUCAAGAUCCCUCCUCUUUUCUUUCUCUUCUCGACUGCUAAAGCAGUCAUGUAUCCCGUUGGGAUUACGAAUUGCCAUUAUUCGCAAUGGUUCGACAAGCCUCCGGAGCGAGUAGCCGUAGCGAGUUCUGGUGCGGUCGAGAUCAUGCUGGCAAUGGGCCUGUCAGAUAAAAUCGUCUCUUCUGCUUGGGUCAAGGAAGUAUGGGAACCGCUCACUGAAGAUUUCAACAAAUUUAAACACUAUGACAAGUAUCCGUCGGCCAAAGAACUUAUGGAUUCUGAACCAGACAUGAUAUACGCCACAUACUCAAGUGCCUUUGAGGACCCUACGGAUCCAGGACGUGUCGUCAAUGGCGACCGCCUCAACUUCACCGAAGCUCUUGGUCUUAAAGAACCUUGUAAUGUUUUGAUUCCCUCCAACUCCUACGGAGAGAACAAAACAUACUGUCGCGAUGAAAUCCAUGAAGCUGGGAUCAACACCUACCUAGCUUCGUCAUACUGCGAGUACGCGGACUAUCGACCAGGAGAAGUGUCUGUUGAUGCGCUAUAUCAGGAAGUUUGGGACCUGGGUAUAAUUUUUGAUGCCAUCGACAACGCUAGAGAAAUGGUCGAUGGUAUUGAAGCUCAUUUCGAGCAAGCAUUGGCCAUCAGCCAAGCUCUUGGAAGCGAUGCCAACCCAAUUCGGGUCUUCUGGUUGGACGGCUUCCAGAGCAAGAGCAAACCAGACGAAAAGAGGCCAUUUGUGGGAGCCUGUUGUGGAGGACCCCAAAUUGUUUUGGAAAAGGCUGGAGCAGUGAAUGUCUUUUCGGAACAAGGACUGGAAGAUCGAAGAAUCUGGGAUCGUGUUGAAUGGGACGAGGUAGUAAAGUCGGAUCCCGACUUGAUUGUGUUGAUUGAUCUCUCCACAGAAAGUGCAGGUAAGACAUUCAUGAGCUUUCUUUUGCCGUGUUUGAAUUUUCACUCACUGAUGGAAGUUCACUUUCUUGACAAUUGAUUUUUUCGUUCAUAACAGCGGAAAAAUUGUACAAUCUUUGCGCCGACCCAGUUCUCCGUGAAAUGAAGGCCGUGCAGGAGCGUCAGUUUUUGGUGAUGCCCUUCGCCGCGUCGAAUGUUGGAGUGCGUCUCGGUGCUGCGGCUUACAACAUGGCCGAAGCAAUGGCUUCCCUAGCUCGAGGCAAACCUCUGAAUGCCUUGGAGUUCACAGCAAACGAAGAAUCUACGGAAGCAGUUUCUCUGAGCGGUCUCAAGGUUUGGACCACUCUUCCGAUCUGGAACGGAACCGAUCUCGAAACCUUUUGCCCAGGCUCCCCGAAGAAAAUCGAGAUCCGAAUCGUAAGCGAAGCAGAGGAGCAAGGUUUACAACCAAACUCAGGUCUUCCAACGUACGGAAUUGCCUUGAUUGUCGUCUUCGCACUACUGGCUGUUGGCGUCAGCCUCUUUUUGUUCAGAGUUGUCAAGAAAGAAAUGAACGGAGACCCCAUGUUUAGUCCCAUCGUCAAGGAGGGCGGUGCUUCUGCCUAGGCCCUUUCAUCAAUGUUAAACUACUAAUUCCUGUCAAGGAGAAAAUCGAGAGUAUGAUGCAUGCAAUUCUCUUCUGGUCCGAACCAGUCGCUGUUGGGUGGCACUACCAGGAAUGAAAGAGGCGCUUGUUUGCAAAAGAAUCUACAAGAAAGCAAUUGAUAUCGCAGGAAUCUAAUUUUCAUCAAUAUUUGUUAACAAACUACUGAUCUACUU